GCGGCGCCACUCCACAGUCACAGGGUUACAUUUAGGAGUUUCGAAGAGAGCGGGGUCAACCCUUUGACGAGUCUUCCCUUCAAGCCCGCCGUGCCUCCGCUUGUGCUCAGAUUAGCCAUCACAAUUUUGCGUUAUUAUCAUAUUGCAAUGGCUGAACCAGAAGAUCCAUCCAAAACCCUGAGUUCUGCAGAAUCAGUUGAUAUCCCUCCAGAAAAUGACUCCUCCUUUCCAUUGUCUUCCCUGGCCAAUUUAUUUGAAGGAGAAGAGAAUGUUCAUACCCCAGAGCUACCUCGGCAUGUUGACAACAAGUCAAAUUUACGCAUGAAAUUCCAAGGAGCCUUCAAGAAGGGAAUCUCCAAUCCUAUGGACCUUCUGGAAUACAAUAUUUAUGAGUCCCCUGUAGUUCCAGCACCCAAAAAGGCUCCCAUGGACUCGCUUUUUGACUAUGGUACCUACCAUCAGCCCAAUGAACAAAAACGCAGAAGGAAGAAGAUUCCUCAUGACAAACUGAAGACAACUACAGCAGAUCCAGCACCCAAUCCACCUCCUGUUCUCAAGGUCUUCAACCGUUCCCUGUUGUUUGAUGCAGUAUCACGAGGAAAUGUAGAUGACUUGGACGGCUUGCUUUCAUAUUUGCAAGCACACAAGAAGCGGCUAACGGAUGAGGAGUUCAGAGAGAUUUCAACAGGAAAGACAUGCCUCCCAAAAGCCCUAAUGAACCUCUAUAGUGGCCAUAAUGACACUAUCCCUUUGCUGGUGGACAUUGCUGAGAAGACUGGCAACCUACGGGAGUUUAUCAACACACCAUUCAGGGAUGUUUACUAUCGAGGUCAAACAGCUCUUCAUAUUGCAAUAGAGAGGCGCUGCAAACAGUAUGUGGAACUUCUUGUGGAGAAGGGUGCAGAUGUACAUGGCCAGGCACGAGGCAGAUUCUUUCAGCCCAGAGAUGAAGGUGGCUACUUCUACUUUGGAGAGUUGCCACUCUCAUUGGCUGCCUGCACUAACCAGCCUGAUAUAGUGCACUACCUCACUGAGAACUCGCACAAGAAAGCAGACUUGCGACGACAAGACUCCAGAGGCAACACUGUGCUCCAUGCACUUGUGCAUAUUGCAGACAACACACGUGAAAAUACUAGAUUUCUUACAAAGAUGUAUGAUCUACUGCUGAUUAAGAGUGCAAAAAUGUAUCCUGACUGCAGUCUAGAGAGCAUACUCAACAAUGAUGCCAUGUCCCCCCUUAUGAUGGCUGCUAAGCUGGGAAAGAUUGGGGUGUUCCAGCACAUAAUUCGCAGAGAGAUAAAAGAUGAGAAUGCUAGGCAUCUGUCUAGGAAGUUCAAGGACUGGGCAUAUGGUCCAGUCUACUCUUCGCUUUAUGACCUCUCAUCACUGGAUACUUGUGGAGAGGAUGUCUCAGUAUUGGAGAUCCUGGUAUACAACAGUCGCAUUGAGAAUCGUCAUGAGAUGAUGGCUGUGGAGCCCAUCAAUGAGCUUCUUCGAGAUAAGUGGAGGAAGUUUGGUGCUGUCAGCUUCUACCUGAGUGUAGUAUCAUACCUGGUAGCUAUGAUAAUCUUCACUCUGGUAGCCUACUACCAUCCUUCUGAAGGCACGCCUCCAUAUGCAUACAAGACAACAUUGGACUACUUGCGUCUGACUGGAGAGAUCAUUACCCUGUUUAGUGGGAUCUUCUUCUUUUUGUCUAAUAUCAAAGACUUGUUCCAGAAGAAAUGUCCAGGAGUGAAUUCUUUAUUUAUUGAUGGCUCAUUUCAGCUUUUGUAUUUUAUUUACUCAAUCCUGAUCCUAGUCACAGCAGCAUUAUACUUGUCUGGAAUCAAAGCCUAUGUUUCUGUGAUGGUGUUUGCUCUGGUGCUGGGUUGGGUAAACACGCUAUACUUCACUAGAGGGCUUAAGCUCACAGGAACAUACAGCAUUAUGAUCCAAAAGAUUCUGUUUAAGGACCUAUUUCGCUUUCUGUUGGUUUACGUACUGUUCAUGAUUGGAUUUGCUUCAGCUCUUGUUUCACUUCUUAAUGUAUGUCCUAGUCCAGCCCCUGAAUGUCCAGGUGGUCAAUGCCCACCAUGUCGAGACAACACCACUUUUAGCACUUUUUUACUGGACCUCUUCAAGCUCACAAUUGGAAUGGGCGAUAUGGAUAUGAUCAGUAAUUCCCAGUCCCCUGCUGUCUUCCUCAUUUUGCUAAUCUCCUACAUCAUCCUUACCUUUGUGCUGCUGCUCAACAUGUUGAUAGCUUUGAUGGGAGAGACAGUGGGCCAGGUUUCCAAGGAAAGUAAACAAAUCUGGAAGCUGCAGUGGGCAACAACUAUCCUGGACAUUGAACGUUCCUUCCCAGUGUGCAUAAGAAAGGUCUUUCGUUCUGGAGAGAUGGUCACAGUAGGCAAGAACAGUGAUGGCAGCCCUGAUCGCCGCUGGUGCUUUAGGGUGGAUGAAGUAAACUGGUCUCACUGGAACCAGAACUUAGGCAUUAUAAAUGAAGACCCUGGAAAGAGUGAACCACACCAAUAUAAUGGUAUUUCACACACUGCAAGGGGACUCCGGAGGGAUCGCUGGUCCACUGUGGUGCCACGUGUUGUAGAGCUCAACAAGAAUCCCAAAUCAGAGGAGACAGCUAUACCAAUGGAUCAAUUUGAGCCACUGAACCCCAAUAAUCUCAGAAGUUCCAUCAAACCUCAGAACUGGAAAAGGCUUGAAGAAAACAAGAUCUAGAUAUCUCAGUUGGGCUCUAACACAGGUUUUCAAAUUUUCACAAAUGCUCAAAGUUUUUCUCUCUCCCUAAAUUUCUUAGCUAUAUUUUUUUAACUUCUUACAGCUGAUUUUUUAAAACUUUUCAAAAACUUUUAUAUUGAGAAAAAACUUGAAUUGAUCAGGUUUUUUUCCUGAUUGGCUUACAGUUUUGCAUAAUUUUAGUAGGUUUGGUUGCAAAGUUGACUCAUAUCGCAACUUUCUGAAGUAAUCAACAGGUGGAAGGUAGUCUUACUGUGGAGAACAACGUUUUGAGCAGUAACCGAUGAAAAGAUGCAGACUAUUUUUUAUAAUUUUUGGAGGACUAAGUGAAAUGAAAAGCUGCUAAAACCUGACCUAUUUGAAAGGGAUGGACACCCUUUACUACUCUGAAGACAACAGUUAUAUAAAGACAGCUUGAAAGAGUUCUUCUUUAUAGACAACUCUUUGACACAAACAUUUUUUAUGAAUUGUUGUGGACUUCUUGAAAAUAUAGUUGCUGCAUAAAGCCUACCUUUUUCAAAGUGAUAUGCUAUGGAGAAAACAACAUUUUAUCACGUUUAUGAAAGGGCUGGGUGGAUAAGAAAGCCAGUGACUCGGAGUGCAUGCCAAAACGGGAUAGAGAUGAACAUCUGAUCAUGUGAGUUGGAGUCCUGAAACGGGUAAAUACAUUUAAGAUUUACAGGAGCUGACCUGAUACCUGCUUUCAGUUGUACCACAGAUGAGUGAGGUUAGAUGCUCAUGGUCAACAGUGAGCCAAACAGGUAUCAGAAGCCAUAGAAUAUGCCAGUGCUUGAACGAUUCCUUUUAAUAUAGUUUGUGUAUUGAUACCAAUUGAAUAGCACCCUCAAAAUCUACCAAACAAUUUCAUGUUCCUGUGAAGGUAAAAAGAGGUGUAUAUUACUCCACAAGAAAUAUGAAGCUUAGUAAUUUUAAAAUGAACUUCCAUUCAAGUAAAUAUUUUUUAGAAAACAAAGUAAUUUUUUUAUUUAUCAACACAGGACAAUUAACAUUAUCACAAAAACACAACUAUUACAAUAAAUGUAUUAAAUGUUGAAAUUAACAUGUUAUCCUUGCAUUGCUAGGUGGAAAUGUGAAUCUAUAUAUUUUUCUAACUAAAAUAAAAUGUACACCGUGACUUGUAACAUUUGGAGGAAAACAACAUUUAAUAUUCUUUCCAUCAUUUAGGAAAACCAUUUAAAAUUCUCUACAAAUAAAAGGAAUCCCUUCUGUAUGCAAGAACAGAAUUCUAGAUGCUCACCAACAUUCAAAUGGGCCUAUAAAUUGUAUUCCUCUCUGAGGCAGAAUAUUUGGAAAGAACUUGCAAUGGGUCAGAAGAGGAGCUGUGAACAUAUAAUUUUGGCUUGUAAGCUCAAGUGCCAAAUAUUAGGUACCAAAUACAGUAUCCUGCUCCAAACUGGAUUAUUAUUAACUGGAAUGCUACCUUCUAUAUUAUUUUACAAAAACAAUUGAAGUUGCUGCAUUUAUAAUACGUUUGUAAGGUCUUAUUCUAGAAAUGAAGUAUCACUGAGUCAAACAUGCCCUAUGAAUUGAUUAUGGUAAGGUGAGAUAGGGAGUGAAGUUGAAAUUUGGAAGAAGCUGGACAUAAGAUAAUGGAUUACCCUUCUUUUUUAAUGCAAUAAUGGUGUAGUAAGAUUGAAAUUAAAUGGGUGAUUAAGACAGAAUGUUCUUGCGGUACUCACUGUGAAAAAGGCUAUUUUCAAUAAAGACUCAUCGAUUGUUAGUUCUAGAGUAUAAUAUUGUAAUAUCCAUAAGUGUAUGUUUUACUCAUACUCCUCAUAUUCUGAGGUUUGGGCCUUUUCUUCUUGCCUUAACAUAACACAAGAAUUUCCAGAGUAUCUGAUGAAAGGGCUUGGUAUUGUGAGUUUUCAGAGCUUGUACUACAUGUAGUGUUCAGAAUGCUCUGAAACUGAAUUUAAAGUGCACUUUUAACUGGUUGGCAUUUAUAACGGGCAUAUACCAAAAGUAUUUCAGAUUAGUGGGGUUUAUAGGACAUAAAAAUAAUUUGAAUUUUGGAAUAUGUGGUGGUUUUUGAAAUGAUCGUGUCUGAUUAAUUUUGCAAACUACUUACCAGACUGUAAAGUAAAAAAUAAAUCUUACUUGCUACUCUGCAUCCACUAGGGGGCAAUGACACUCUUCUGUGGACUCAGAGGUCAGUUGAGAACAACUUGAGUUCAAGUUUAGAAGCAUUCUGAGUGUCAAUAAAAAAGACAAAACUGGCCCUUACUAGUCCACGAAAAUAAAUGCUUUUUAAGCUGUUUGCAUAAAAUAUAUGUAAAUACCCCAGAGAAAAGAAUAUCUAUGAAAUAACCCACCUAACACCUAUAGUAUUUUAGUUUCAUGCAGUUUUCUUAUUCUUUAAAUAUUAAAACUGACAAGUCAAUUUCAAGUAUAGUACAGCACACAUGUUAUAUCCAGAAAAUCAUCAUAUUUCAGGCUUUGACAGCACAAAAUUAGUGCUGUCAAGUAUGAUGCUGACACAAGAUGCCACCUUAAAUCUGUUCAGCUGGUUCAUAGCUUCUCUGCUCUGAAACUGCUAUUUUCCAGCACUAGCAAUUCCAAGUAUAGCAUCAAAGAAUUUCUGUGGUCUGCAUUAGUUGUGGAAGAUGUUAAACUUGCACAACAGUAAGGUGGGCUAAGAAAUGAAAACUUUCCCAUUUAAUAUGAUAAUCUCUAUGAAAGGUGCAUGUUAAUGAACAUGGAUAGUUUUGGUGAGGGAUUAUAUUUUGCCUUAAGUCACUCUGCCGCUGUUUAUGCCACAGCUGACAAGUGCUUUAAGGAUAGGUGUUUGCUGACUGAUAUAUACAUCUGUAUAACCAUUCUGAGAAAAACUGUAAAACUGUUUAGUUUAUUUGUAUUUUAUUGUAUUGUAUUGUAUUUAAGGCAUUAGACACAAUGAAAAAAUGAGUCUCAACUGAGAGUAUGCCAACAGCAAGGCAAAAUAUAUGCUGCAUGUUUUAGGUGGAGGAAAACAAUUAAAAAUUGUGAGUACAGUACAUGAUAAAAUGCAAUGUGUUAAGUCAUAUUGUUUAUAGUGUGAGUGUAUAGACAACAAUGUAGGAAAAAAUGAUAGCAUUCCUCAUAUGAAAAUACUAACUAUUCCAUAUUUUCAAUUUUUAUAUGCUUGAUGUAUGCUUGUUGUGAAAGUUUAUAUAUAAUUGAACCUUUCUGUAGGUUCAAAAGCCAGGGUGUACUGUAUGUUAUGUUAUUAUUUAUGGCACCUUGUUCUUUUUAUGAAAUUAUCAGACAUUCAAAAAUAGAAGAGAUGAUUUGUAAUGUUCUAAUAUAAUUAAGAGGAUUAUGUUUAGUUUUUAUUUACCAUUGUCUGUAUAACAGGUGUUGUGCUUAUUUUUUAACAUUUUAAGAUAAUCUGUAUAAAAGCAAGAGACAAUUUGUACUCUGUUAAAUCAGGGUUCCCAUAUUUUUUUUAUCAUUUUAAAGGUUUUCUACACUUAAUGCUGGACCCAAACUGCCAUUGUUUUAUAAAAUGUUUUUAAUGAAUUCAGCUCUUUUUUAAAAUAAAUUACUCUUUUUUAAAUAAA